AGUGCCGCCUAAACGAAUUCCUUGGACACGUUCGCUUUCCACCACUCCUCACCGCUUUCCUUUCUCCCCAUUGCACUGCCUUCCUUCCCGCAUGCAAAGCCCAAGUCGGCAACACCCCAUUCCAACCCCCCUCCCUACUCUUACCGGUCAUACUCUCCGCCGGCAACCCUCUGGACUCACCGUCGCCCUCAUGGCUCUGUCACUGCCGUCGCCGGCUCCAGUUCGUGAAGACUGUUGGACUUUGGACAAUACUUCCACUCUCAUCGAGGCCUGGGGUGAACGUCAUAUCGACUUGAACCGCGGCAGUCUUAGGCACAAACACUGGCAAGAAAUCGCCAACGCUGUCAACUCCAGUCACGGUCAUGAGAGGAAGUCCAUUCGUACGGCUAUUCAGUGCAAAAACCGCAUCGACACGCUUAAGAGAAAGUAUAAAAUCGAGAAGGCGAGAAUUCAAGAAUCCGGUGGCUCGUACGUCUGCGCUUGGCCGUUCUUCUCGUGCCUCGACGAUCUUAUAGGCAACAACCACAAGGCUUCCACACCGGUCGCCGUAUCUAAUUGUAAAGCCGCGCCAGUAACGACUCCAAGGUUGUCGCUGUUCUCAAAGGUCCCCGUUGCCCCUCGAUCCGGAACUAAGAAGCGUCGUUCAACUCACGUCUAUAGGAGCUUUCGCGACUCGUACUUUCGCCGGGAUGUAAUCUCGAAUGAAAAUGAAGGAAAAAAUAGUAUGGAAUCCGAUAAUUCGCUCUCGAGUUCGAGGUUCAAGGACAGAGAGGCAGGUUAUAGAAAACUGGCCGAGGCAAUAGGGACGAUCAGUGAUAUAUAUGAGAGAGUGGAGGUAGCAAAACAGAGGCACAUGAUAGAAUUGGAGAUGCAACGGAUGCAGUUCGUGAAGGAUUUAGAGUAUCAGAGAAUGCAACUACUUAUGGAGAUGCAACUUCAGAUUCAAAAGAUCAAGCGCGCCAGGCGAGCAUCUGGAGCCGAUUGUUACUCGUAACCAACAAAGUAGUAAAGACUUGGCGGUUUAUCUCUUUUUUGAAAAGCACACAUCGACGCCUUCGAUGCAGGUACCCGAACUCACGAUUUCAGCUGGUUUUGGCUGGAGUAUCUGAUGGGGGCUGUCUGGAAGUGGAUUGGAACAAGUUUUUGGAUUGACCAGGCAUUUCCUCCCUUUUUGUGAAGCUUCCAACAGUUUACGUGUGAGUAACUACCAAUCUAAUAACCUGUUUUUUUUGUUCAUCUCAAUCAGCUGUCGAAAUAUAUAUAUAUAUAUAGUUGUGUUUAUUUGUUAGUGAGUAUUCUAUAUUUCUCCCAAUAAUUCCUGUGUCAUAUUUUAUAUUUGAUAUUAUCUCCAUGGAAGUUCUAAACGAAGGAAAAAGAAAAUGACAGUACGAAUAUAGCCUCCUGUUGCACGUGCAAAUACAGGGCAUUAUUGUAAAUUCAGGAAAUAUUCUCACGUGGGAAAGUGUCAUGUGUUAUGUUUUGCCUUUGAC